AUGGCCAAGGGCGGGAAAGGCCCCAAGGGCAAGAAGAUCACCCUCAAUGUGGCCAAGAAUUGUAUCAAAAUCACAUUUGAUGGGAGAAAACGCCUUGACUUGAGCAAGAUGGGAAUUACCAACUUCCCCAAAUGUAUCCUGAGACUGAAUGAUGUGGAUGAGCUCGACCUUAGCCGGAAUCUGAUCAGAAAAAUCCCUGAAUCAAUCUCCAAGUUCCAGAACCUGCGGUGGCUGGACCUGCACAGCAACUACAUCGAUAAGCUUCCUGAGUCCAUCGGCCAGAUGACUACUCUGCUCUACCUCAAUGUCAGCAACAACAGACUGACCACCAAUGGGUUGCCUGUGGAGCUCAAUCAGCUCAAGAAUACCCGCACCUUGAACCUAGGCUUGAACCAUCUGGACAGUGUGCCCACCACACUGGGUGCUCUGAAGGAGCUCCAUGAUGUGGGGCUACAUGACAACCUGCUGACCACCAUCCCUAAGAGCAUCUCCAAGCUCCCCAAGCUCAAAAAGCUCAACACAAAGCGAAAUCCCUUUCCCAAGGCAGAGGAGUCAGAUACAUUCAUAGAUACCAUCAGGAGGCUGGACAACUUAUAUCUGGUAGAAGAGAAGGAUCUGUGUUCGAGUUGCCUGAAAAAAUGCCAACAGGCCCGGGACAAGCUGAACAAAAUCAAGAAUAUGGCCACAACAGCACCGAGAAAGGCCAUCUUUUCCAAUCUAGUCUCACCUAACUCCAUGGCCAAGGAUUCCCAGGAAGACUGGAGGUGA